AUGGCUCCGACGCAGAUCAUAGACACCUCCAAUUUCCCCCUCAGUGACUGGUUCUUCAUAGCAGGUGUUGAGAGUUAUCAACUUCGUUGGGGGAAGGAUGAAGAGCCCACGGACCUUGCCCCUACAGCGCCUGUCGAGCCUACAAUUGAGGAGGACAGGGCUGCCGAAGCCGAAGGGGACCUAAAAGGUGCAACAAACAAGAAGGCCAAGAGAAAUUCGUACCAGCGCCUGUCAAACCUCUCGGACGAAGCACGCUUGUCAAUAUCAUCCUUAUCCCUUUCCCCGGAGAGGAAGGGCACAGACAGCAACCGAAGUAGUACUACAAUCAAGGGGUCCCAGGUCAACGGCAACGGCCGCCUGCUUAGCGACACGGACUUUGAAAAUGCCUUGAAGAAAUUUGCUUCCCAACGAGACUCCUUUCUGUCGGAUUUGACCCUCAGCGCAGGGGCGGUGGUGCCCAACAGGCCUAGGGCUCGGCCCAAAACACAGAAAAUUGUCAAUGAAGAUGCAGCCGGUCUUAAGUCGGGAGUUGGGAGCAUACGGAGGCGGAUCUCCUUUCGGGAUAUGAACAGUAUGAAGAGGCAGUCAUCUGUCAAGAGACAAUCCUCGGUUCGAACGUCCAAACGAUUGAGCAACUACAACUCUGUCAUACCCAGCCCUCAGCCUUUGAAUGACGAGGUCAACACCCAUCCUUUGAAGCGAAGGUUCGAACCAGUGCUUCUAGACCGGUAUCCCCCCAGAAGCAUGGUGGAGGAGACCAAGCGAAGAGGGACUUUCCCAGACUACGUCCCAAUGUUUGCAUUUGCGAAUGAUAUCCACAUCGUCUCGGCAGAUGAGCGACCGCGUGCGACAUGGCAUGGCUUCGCAAUGACCUCUAGCGACAAUUCACGGCUCUACGGCAUUUGCAUAAUUGUGUGGAUUCCUCUCAAUGAGCGGGCGUCUGGAGAGCUGGAACGAGAAUGUGAGAAGUGGAGGCGAGACAACAUGACGGACGAGGAGCGAGAGCUAGCAAGCAGUCUAGGAGAGCGGCUCGCCGUUGAGAGGAUCAGACUAUCAAGGUUACUCGCACGCUUGCCAACAGUGGACUCUGGAUCUUCAGCAAGAGAGGAACUUGAAGACGACAUUAGUGCUGUGGAGGAGAAGAUAGGUCUGAUGGCGGAUCUGCUUCGACCGGUGAGGCACGGUGCUGCAGCAAAGAUCGAAGGCCUAACCAAUGGCGAAACCGGCCUUUGGAUACCGCGAUCAUAUGGCAUUCUUGGGCGCGAUCCGUACCUAACGAGCUUUUGGAAAGAAUGGCUCAAAGCGGUAGUGGUACCAAUGGCUGAUGGAAGUAUUGUACGAGUUCCCCCAAGCUCACCGAGAAUUGGGAUGUGGCAACCUUUGGAGAGAUAUGUUGUAAAUCUCUGCGCUGAGGCGUUGAGUCCGAUUUCCUCUAAAACUCAAGUGGAGGUAUCGAUCAGGGAGCUUCGCUUGUUUGCCAGGAAGGAAGCCGUCAAUGAGAUUCCAGGCUCCAGAAAUACUGAUCUCUAUGCGCUCUUUCGAGCAUUGUCUAUUCCAAACAUAGUGGUUCUUCUUGAGUUCGCUUUGGCCGAGUCUCGCAUUAUCCUCCUAUCUUCUCAUACUUCCAUGCUUCAUCUUGCAUCCAAGGCCCUCGUCGAGCUUCUAUAUCCUCUGACUUGGUGUGGUAUCUUCAUUCCAGUGCUUCCAGCAAGACUUAUCCAAGCUCUCGAAGCCCCUUGCCCUUACAUUGUCGGUAUUGAACGUGGGUAUGAAAAAGUCGAGCUUCCAGAAGACGACUUCAUACUCGUUGAUCUAGACCAGGACGAGAUCGAGUCGACUACAAGACCAACACCUAUGCCAAAGCAACAGCGACGGAAAUUGACGUCUUUGCUUCAGCUGGCCGCGCCACAUCAUAAUAGAUUUGGGGUUCCGAAAGGACCACCGGCUUAUGCGAUCGAGGCUUUUCCGUUUGAUAACUUCUCAUCUGAGAAUCCUCAAGUCUUUACCGGCAUGCCACAAUCAACUUUCUUGGCAAAGUAUGUUGGCCUUGACUCAACUUCGUUUGGAGACAGUGGUUCCAAUCUCUCAGCGAAGUCUCUCGUCUUCAACGCUUUCCAACCCCCAAAGAGUGACAAGAUAGAAAGUCAACGGCCAUCGACGAGUUCUACAGCAAAAGGCAGUACGCCUCCUUCCCCAAAGCUUUCACCGACCUCGACCUCGUUCCCACCUCUACCACUCACACCAACCUCCCGGAGCGACUCUGGCUUUGCCAUUCAAGCCAGCCUUCGCGGAAAACGAUCCGGGCAUUUCGAGACCGCUUCUAAAAGGAGCUCAACGUAUGCUCCUGAUCGAAACCCCAUCAACAGACGGCCCAGCGUACCAUUCAGUAACCACUCUUCGAGCCAUUCGACAACAACUAUAGGUACAGGAAAUUACGCCAUGUCAAGCUAUGCCCCAUCCAUUUAUGCUCAGUCCACGCUGGCAGCCUCAACGGUAAUGCCGAACAUGCUGAUGCAGCCCGUGCGGAACUCCGAUGGUACCAAUUGGGUUGAAGGUCACUGCCUCCAGUGGAGAUAUCAUGACGACCGCUCUGUGUGCACCAUCUGCGAUGACAAGGCUGAGGAUGGCAUCUAUAGAUGUACUGGAUGCGGCAUCAACGCUCAUGGUAGGUGUGCUCAGCAGGUCUGCAUUGUUUGCCCUGCGGCUUUCCACCCAGAGCAAGUGCGCGCGGCCUUUGCACGAUGCUUUGCAGCUCUGUUCUAUACGUACAGGAAGUUCCUGUCGCCUCCAAAUAAGGAGCAAAAGAAGGCUGGCUUGCUUUAUGGCUUCAAUAUGACUGGGUUCUUGAAGAGUCUGCCCCAUGAGAAUGCUGAGUACAUGCAGGUGUUGCAGCAGACGCAAGGCUUCAACGAGUUCAUUCACGAACGUGAAUCGAAGCCAGCCAGUGACCCGUCGAUCAUGCUCUUUGAUCAGAUGAUCCUUUCAAAGAGGAACCGGGGCCGGGCAUCUAUGUUUAGCAAAUCGAAGACGGACUUUCUCUCUGACACAUAUGAUCAUCUUUGGAGAACAGCAGCCGCCACACCACCCAAAGGUCGAAUUCCUGGGGAUGUGAGAGCAAUCAUUACGAGAGUCCCUGCGAAACUCGAUCCUACUUUGAUGAAAGAACCCCGUGUCCUCCAAGGUGUACCGCGAAUAAAUACCGUCAAGGCCACGAGAAAGCCGAUACCAAGCAUGUUAGGACCCAACGGGGCAAUGAACGGGCUCGCACAGUCACCGCCAUCAUAG